CUUAAUGCCUUUUUCAGUUUGAUUGUCUACACGGAGAUCAGGGUGAUAAGUUUCAAUAAACAUAUAGACAUCCCCCGCCCCCCUCGCAACUCCCAUUAGCUAGAAAAGACCAGGACUGGGUUGCUUUGAAUGAACCAAGUUUGACCAACAAACCAGACAGCCAUUUGUUCACUCAGAUCUAGCCGAGGUAGCUCACAAGUGCACCUUGAGAUCCUCCAUAUGUCUGUCAACAGCGAUAGCCAGGAUCUGUGCCCAGCUCAUGCUGCAUUCUAAAAACUCUCAUUUCAUUUGCAUAUAACAUUCAUUACAGGAAGUAAUUAACUGAAGGAACAGCGUCAUCAAAGCCUCAAGGAGAAUAGAAACUGCCAUCAUGAUUAUCUACUGGGACCUCAUCAACGACAAUGAGAUGUUCUCCGACAGCAACAAGAUCCGGGAGAUCACAGACGGGCUGUGCCUGGAGGUGGAGGGGAAGAUAGUCAGUAGGACAGAAGGUUACAUUUUUGACUUGCUCAUUGGUGGAAAUGCCUCCGCUGAAGGCCCUGGGGGCAAAGGUACUGAAAGCACAGUAAUCACUGGUGUCAAUAUUGUCAUGAAUCAUCACCCGCCAGAAACAAGCUUCACAAAAGAAGCCUACAAUAAGUGCAUCAAAGAUUACAUGAAAUCAAUCAAAGGCAAACUGGAAGAACAAAGACCAAAAAGAGUAAAACCUUUUAUGACAGGGGCUGCAGAACAAAUCAAGCACAUCCUUGCUAAUUUCAAAAACUACGAGAAAACAUGAAUCCAGAUGGUUGCUCUGCGGACUACCAUGAGGAUGGUGUGACUCAAUAUAUGAUUUUCUUUAAGGAUGGCUUAGAAAUUGAAAAAUGUUAACAAAUUUGGCAAUUACUUUGGAUCUAUCACCUGUCAUCAUAACUGGCUUCUGUUUGUCAUCCACACAACACAGGACUUAAGACAAAUGGGACUGAUGUCAUCUUGAGCUCUUCAUUAUUUUGACUGAUUUAUUUGGAGUGGAGGCAUUGUUUUUAAGAAAAACAUGUCAUGUAGGUUGUCUAAAAAAAAAAUGCAUUUAAA